AUGAACGUGACAAAGCUGGGACUCUACGACCCUCACCUGUCCGCCCAAGCCCACGGCCACGCCCACGGCCACGCCCAUGGGCUGGCUGCAGUCACGGGCGCUCGCCCACACGCCUCUUCCCUCACCUCGUCAGACUCUGACUCCGGCGGAGAAGACGACCGAGAUGAGUCUAGGAAACGCAGAAGGCCCAUGAAUGUCACUUGCGAGGCCUGUAAGCAGAGAAAGGUCAAGUGUGAUCGUGCCCGGCCUUCCUGUGGGUGGUGUUCUCGCAAUGACCAUCCAUGUGAAUACAAAGAGCGGAAGAAGCCUGGGCUUCGAGCAGGCUAUGGCCGUGAGCUCGAAGGCAGGCUCGACCGGCUGGAAUCACUCCUCCAAGAGCAAGGCCGUCAAUUAGCUGCCCACCUGGCCGAGGCCUGUACCAUCUCGUCCGCCGUUUCCAGCAACCCCCAUAUCCCCAAGUCGAGCGCGCAAGGUCAAGGUCUGACGCCUCAGGGUCAAACCGUCGCUUCUUACGAGGCCCAAGCUGUUGCUUUUGACGAAGAGACAGCAUUUCAGCAGCCGACUAUUGACCCGAACCUGCGCUCAUCAGUCUCGGGCCAUGCGUCUUCCCAGUAUGCCUCAGGCCAACAGAACAUCCCCGACCAACAAAUGGCUCCGCCGCAGAGUCAUUAUACGCCCUCUGCGCAUUCACAUGCCCUCCCAUCGCCUCAUUCGGCGACGGGAUACCAGGGCACGCCAGUCUUCCCUGAGCAUUCGACCAUCUUGCCUCCAUAUGACCUGUUGUAUUCGCUGGUCGAUUUGUUUUUCAAGCACAUCAAUACCUGGCUUCCAUUGCUGGACCGGAAAACCACCCUCGACACCCUGUUUGGAUCCUCCUCUCUCGAUGAGGCCGACAGGGUGCUGUUGCAUGGCAUCGUCGCUGCCACCUUGCGCUUCUCCCAGGACCCUCGACUGACCCCCGAAAGCCGCCAGCAUUAUCAUGAUACGUCGAAACAACGAGUGCAACUUUUCGGGUUGGAAAACUCCAAUAUAAGAGCGUUGCAGGCCCUGAUCAUCUUGGCUUUGGAUGUGACUGGUAGCACAAACGGUCCACCCGCGUGGAAUCUGUUGGCCCUAAUCAGCAGGAGUAUGGUACAACUGGGUCUUGCAGCAGAGUCGACUUCGACCCUUGCAUCCCCUAUGUAUCCCUCGAUCGCAACCCUGAGAGCGUCGGUCUUGCCAGAACCCAAGAGCUGGAUCGAAGACGAAGAACGGCGCCGGUUGUUCUGGUCUGUCUACCUCCUCGAUCGUUAUGCCACCAUCGCAACAGCUUUCGAGUUUGCUCUCGAUGAGAAGGAAGUCGACCGCCGACUACCUUGCAGAGACGACCUCUUUGCUGCAAACAAGCCGGUGGAGACCAGGUGGUUUCGACCCCCUGAACGGCCCCGAUACACGACAGGCAUGGCGGAGACUCACGGUCACUUUUCUUACCACUGUGAACUCGUGGCUAUUCUUGGUCACAUCCAUCAAUUCCUCAAGCGACCAAUCGACAUCGGUUCCUUGACGGACGUGGAACAAUGGCAAGGUUCAUACCGUUCUCUGGACAGCGACCUGAACGCCUGGCACUUCAGUUUGCCUGACGAAUUUGCCAACAUCACCCGCCUUCUCAAGUCGAACAUGCCUGCUAAAAAUACCAGCUGUGGCUGGGUCAUGUUGCAUGCCGCCUACUGUUUGGCCGUGAUUCGACUGAAUUCGUCGGCGGCUUACCCCAGCCAGACUUCACCGAUAUUCUCCUCGUCAUACAGCGCCAUGCAGCGAUGUCUGUCAGCGGUCGAGCAUCUACGGCAGUUAUGUCAUUUCGUCAAGCUCAGUGGCCUCUUGGACCGGUGCGGGCCACCCUUUGCGUUUACUGUCUGGGUGGGUGCUCGGGUUAUGCUGGUGCAUGGUUCUACUAUGGACCAUAAGGUGGAUCCGGAUGUUGAUUUUUUUGUGACCACCUUGGCUGAGAUGGGCGUGUAUUACCCUGUUGCAAAGCGAUACAGUGACAUUUUGAGCGCGGUGUUGGGAGAGUACCGGCAGUCGCAACGCACGAGCGGCGUGACGGGGGAGAUGGUGACGCCGUCCACGGUCAAAAUACUCGCCGACAUGCGCCGAUGCGCCUACGAUCUUGACUUUCUGAUAUCUCACCAGGCGCACACGGCCGCGGUCAGAUCAUACCAUCCGACACGGGUGAACACACCGGCCCCCAACGAGCUCGAGUACUUGGAUGUCUUUGAUCUGUUUAACUUUCCUCGUCUACCGAUGACCCAGGAAGGGGUUGAGAACGGUCAUUCCCAAAGCCUCGACCAAGCUGCACCCCAAGAUCUGGCGGCCUUGAAUGCUGCCAUGAUUCCUAAUUUUGCCGUUCCCAACCCCGAAGCCGAUUGGCUUUUCCACACCAACUAA